CAGGGAUACAAAAUGGCUUCAAAACUCGCGACUGCCAGUAGGGUCCGCUACUGAAUAAGUGAAUCGGACCCGGACUCUCGUCGCGUGACGUUUAGAAACUUUACUGUUUUAUUUUGUUGUGAAAGAACACUUACAACGACCUUGACCUACCUUGGGUGAUUGAUUUAUGGCUCUAUCCACCACUAAUCAUGGACCUGGACCCGGAUUUGAAUCUCUAACAGUCCGUGUACACACACAACCCUCACAAAAUGUGGCCACGAUCAUCUCUCUGCUACCGGAGUAUCUGGCUCACGCUAUCGCAAGUCAUGUUUCUGGUUCUAGUGGUGGCGACGGUGAUUUCGAGACCCGUCUUAUCCGCAUCCUGAAUGAUCCCCUACAGUUUGAUAACGUCGUCCAUGAUGUCGUCGACCCAGAAGCCAAACGUCUACUGUUGCUGGUAGCCCGACAUGGCUUGGUGCGGGAAAUGAUCAAAGUCGCCAACCUGGCCAAGCGAAUACCACGAAAUUCAAACGAAAGCGCCGACGGGGGCUCCGACGAGGGACCCACUACUGAGUCUGAUGAUGACUCGGACGAUGUCGAUGAAGAUGACGAAGACACCCAACCAACGUAUCCAAUCCCAGUUGCAUUGGUUCUUGCUCGUGCCAAAGUCUACGAAGCCCUGGAUUGUCCCGAAUUGGCUAUUGCUGAUGCAUAUGUCGUCUUUACGUUGGCAGAUGCUCAGAUUGGAGAAGGAGAAACUGAUCUCAUUGCCGUGGAUGAGAGUGGUAUGCCUCUAUCGGUGCUUGGGGACGUUGAUGACAGUCAAGAUGAAGAUGACGAGGAAGCCGACAAGGAACAAGAGAAAAUUAAGAUGAGCUGGCGCAAGUGGUCGCAUGAGUCUAUCUUGUUGCUAGUGCGCGCGUCGAUGGCGUUGGACUCUCUCAUCGAGGCCAAAACGUGGAUUGAGCGAUUGAUCACAGUCAAGAAGGACAUGGCUGACGCCGAAGCCACCAACUUGCAACUCCUACGGAGCCUUCAAAAGGAUCUCAUUCAAGGUGUCUCACGCAAAAGUGAUGGACGAGUCAUGGCACUAGUCGAGGAGGUUUUGUCAUCCAACAAACUUGCUGACACGGGUCGUUGUGGCUGGUCUCAACGAGUAAUCUACCCCUGGAAUGAUCACGAACCAGAUCGAAUGUCUAAAGAGAGUCUGGAAGAGGUCAACGGACUUCUAGCUAUUGCGGCACCGAAGUUGGAGGUGCGGACUUCGAUUCUACCGUCGAUGACGACCUCUGAACCCGAGUCCGAAUCGACCCAGCUCGGCCUCUACGCGAAAGAAGACCUUGCCCCAGGAGAACUGAUCCUCGAAGAACGAUCCGCCCUGACAGCGAUCCGCCCACACGGCGCAGCUCUGUGCGAUGCAUGCGCCGCUGAUCUGGAAACGAUCCCUAAACAUGAACAACGGAGUUGCACUGGCUGUGGUCGACCUUUCUGCUCCGAUGCAUGUCACGACGCAGCACGCGAAAAGUACCACGUACCUAACCCCGACGACGACGAGACUGAAGAAGGAUACCCAGCACCUGCUACGCCAUUCUGUCCUGGAUCAACUGGAAUCGAUGAUCUACAUACUCUCGGCAGAGCCGAAAGCUCCAGCACACCUGAAUGGGAUCUGUAUUUCUUGUUACUGUCACGAACAUUUCAAAUGGCAGUGACGCAGGGACGACAUCCGUUGGAUCUCAUGGACAUCAAGUAUCUAUGGGGCGAUUUUACGAGUACCCCAUCUAGUUCGUCUAGUUCAUCGAUCGACCCACCACCCAAAACUCUCCCUCACAGUCUUCGCCUGCACGUGGAACUGCCCAUGCAAUGGUUCGAAGUUCUAAUGCAUUCACGCAGCGAGUGUCAUCCAUAUAGUGAGGAAUGGUUGGACAAACACGACUGGUGGAUCGUGCAGACAUUGUUUGCCAAGUUCCGCGGUGUUGCCGAUGCUCAGCAGUCGACUUGGACGGGGAAACCAGAGGUCGCUGGUGUGCAUCCUUUGUGGUGUUUGGCAAAUCAUAGUUGUUGUCCGAAUGUUACUUGGAAGCCGUCGGGAGUGAGGAACUUUUCGGUGGUGAUGGAGAGGAUAGGGUAUGGGGAUGGAAGUAUGAAUGGGGAAUGGACUGGGAUCAAAAAGGGCGAUGAAAUUUGGAAUCAUUACACGGAUGUGGCAGAGGAUGAUUUUCGUGAGAGGAGGGAUAGGUUACGUGCUGUUCUGGGUGGAGAUUGUCUUUGUGAGAGAUGUGUGCGACAGUCUCAACAAUCAAAGGCUUGACUUGUCAUGGAAGAGGACUCUUCAAGCAGAAGAGAAGGUUGAAUAUUCGUAUUCAUUAUCCUGAGAUUCACCAGGGAGAAGUCCUCCCUUUGUAUCACAAUAUAGUCGCACGUGCCCCUGGAAGAACUCAGCCUCGG